UUCGCGAAACCCGAUCACACGAGUCUGACAGGCGCCGGGGAAAACGACUUUGAUUGAGUGAAGGCAUUGUGUCACAGCACCACGCACAAAUUUCAGGCCACCUCACACUCUACCACGGGCCUCCUGUUCUGACGCACGGCGACAUCAUGGCGGAACCUUGUCGCAUCGUCGUCAUGGCCAGCGGUAACGGCUCAAACUUCCAAGCCCUCAUCGACGCCAUCGCCGCCGGUCGCAUUCCCGAUUCAAAGAUCGUGCGGCUCUUUGUGAACCGGGCUAAGGCUUAUGCCACGACCCGGGCAGAUGUUGCUGGCAUUGCGUGGGAGUACUUCAACCUGAUCUCGCACGGCUUCCAAGCCAAGGGGGAAAAAGAUCCAGAGAAGGUGCAAGAGGCACGGGAUAAGUAUGAUGCAGCCCUUGCAGAAAAGCUGGUAAACGGCGACUUCAAGCCCGACCUUGUGGUCCUUGCCGGCUGGAUGUACGUCUUCGGCAAGCACUUCCUCGACCCGAUUGAUGCCGCGGGCAUCAAGAUUAUCAAUCUACAUCCGGCACUGCCAGGGAAAUACGACGGAGCCAAUGCAAUCGAGCGGGCCUUCGAAGAUUUCAAAGCGGGCAAGCUUGAGAACAACAAGACAGGCAUUAUGGUCCAUUAUGUCAUUGACAAGGUCGACAGGGGCGAGCCGAUUCUCGUCAGGGAGAUUGAAUGCCGUGAUGGAGAGGACUUGGAUCAGCUCGAGGAAAGAAUACAUUCUCACGAGCACGAACUGAUAGUGGAGGCCACAGCAUUGGUGGCUAGAGAGGUCCUUGCGCGGAGGAGUAUCAGACCAUGAAUGGAAUAGAACUACCACCAAUACGUCCCUCCAACGUCUGGGAGUUAAACGGCGUGGAAUGUUCAGUUUGGGUGCAUGAGAAAGCUUGAGCCCGCUCACUUUAUCCGACG